UUUAAACCAUGACUAAUUUCAUUUCCUGUAACACUUUGAGAUUGUUUUUACAAUGUAAAGUGUUUUUCAAAUAAAAUCUAUUGUUAUGAAUUGGUAACCGGGUGCCUGUUGUUGUCCUGAUAUAUCAAUAGGACACUGAAAAUAAAGGUACUUCCAACUGCCACCCAAAGCAUUGUUUUUUUUUUCAAGGUCUUUUACAGAAACUAGUGGCUUGCUCUCAUAUGAGCACAACUUGAAACAGCAUUUUUUUAGUUUAUUCUUUUAAUCCGAAGCACCAAACCUUAAAGUUAAGAUUUCCGCAACUGCCACGACAUCACAUUGAAUCAUUAUUCCAACUAUUACGUCAAUCAACAAAACAGAACUCCCUAAAUCUGAGUUUCUCUACUUUAAAAAUGCUGAAAUAACUGAAAUGAUGCCAUCUUGCCUCUAGUUCACAACCAGCCUUCUUCUGCCACCACUGCAUACAUCCUCAUCAUGCCUCAUCGCAACUGCACUGUAGAGAUCAACAACAACUCCGGCUGCUACACUCUGGUCAAUCCAAGAGUGUUCACUGAGAGUGGCUGCUGUGAAGUUCCUUUGCCACCGAUGGUGGGCCCCUGCUCUGCUGCCAAUGCACUGUUCAACAAGAUCACUGGCGCUGCGACUGGAGCUGUCGGCGUCUUCACCUAUGACCUUUUCAAUGCUAACUUUAAUGACUAUAGCCACAUCAUGGCUGUCAUGUACUCUGUGCCCUAUGACCGAAACCUCUACUCCAAUUGGUUUGCUGUGGGAAUCUUUGAAAGAGGAAACAACUGUGACUAUGAUCUUUAUGAUAUCAUGUAUAAUGGAAGUGAAAAUAAUUUUGUAAGAGCAAAGGCUGAUGGCUCCUGCAUUUCUUAUGGUGGUGACUAUGUGACUGUCAGUGCCUCUAUGUCAGACUCUGGUGAAGCAGUCCUGAGGGUGGACAUCAGUGAUGCUGGCAUGUAUUAA